GACAGUAUCAUUCGGAACCGCAACUCACCCACAUGAGCGUUUUCGGUACGCUCGCUCGCUGACUGUCGCGUAUGUGCCUGUCUCGGAUUAAUCACUUUUAUCGCGAAACUGACUGAUUGAUAAGAUUGUGGAAAUUGCCUGCGUCAACGAAUACUGUAAACGUACAAUGUUCCAAAAUAGAUAGGGCAAAGUUAUAGGAGUGGAUUUUGCCGGAACCUGAUAUUUAUCGAUCAGGUCGUUUGAAUAGCGAAAAAAUAAGUCACUCAUGACCAUGGUGAAAGAUCGUUUGAGCGAAUUGAAAAGUAAAAGUAAAUAUGUCAGCGAGGUCAGUCUCAAUUUGGUACCGUCGAAGUCGCAGGAGGAAAUUUUCUGCAAUCUGGAAAAGUUUUCAGAACUGACCGAAUGGAUACGUACGAUCCGGGCCAACAUCGAGGAGAUGCGCAAAACCAUCUCAACGCCAUCCUUCCACUACAAUGACAAAGUGAUACGUCAGAAGGUAGAAACCAAAAUGGACCAGAGUCUUGGGCUGUGCAAACAAAUUUACACCGCGAUCAAGCGGCUACAGGAGGAACUGGAAGAGGAGAAUAGUCGAGGGAGUGUCCUCUUCCGGAUCAAACACACGCAGUUCCUGGUCAUCAAGGACGACUACCUGAAUGCGUACCGAGAGCACGAAGAGUUUGUCAACUACUACGAAAACAAGGUGGUCAAUCUGAUGAAAAAGGAAGCGAAAGCAAUGAGCUACAACAUUACAGACGAUGAAGCAGCGGAGAUGUUGGCCAGCAACCAGAUGUCACCUUUUGUAGGGAAUAUUCUGGAAGAAACGGAACGGGAACGGCAGAAACUUCGGGACAUUAUGGCACGACACUCGCAGCUAGUCGAACUGGAGAAGUCACUGAUCGAGAUUCGUGAUCUUUUCGUGAGGAUAUCGACGCUGGUCAUGGAUCAGGGCAGUUUGGUUCAGGUGAUCGAGUACCACGCGCAGCAGGCUUCGCUCAACACCGAUCACGGAGCGCACCAGCUCGAGAAGGCUCGCGAGUACAAACUUAAGGCACUGAAGAAGAAAACAUGGCUGCUGAUGUGGGCCGUCAUAAUUCUGGGCGUACUGGUACUGCUAAUGAUCAUAUUCUAAGUUAAAUUUAAGUUCUGUAAAAAGUGUUCAAACGGCGAAAUCUGUCCGUCCUUGGUUGAAAGAAACUCCGCCUGAAGAUAGGCCCACCGACUAAAUUAGCGACCGCGCAAGUGUGCCGCUGCUACUAGUUAGCAUUCUUAGCUGCCCCCACACGAUAUGAUCGCUAUUCAUUAGCGUCAAUUAGGAAAUUGUGCAAAACAUGUUACAGUCGUGGUUUCGCUUUCCUAUUUUGGUUCAGUUUGUAGUCCGUAGUGAGCUUGGGAAGAGUGAGUAUCGGCGAGAAUCGAGUAUUUUUAUGUGAUUGAAUCGGGUUUUGUAAUGAGAUCGAGCCAUGGUUAAAGAUCGGCUUCAAGAAAUGUUGGAGGUCAAAUUAAAUUUCUUUCACCGGAAGAAAUCCUUUAACAAGCAUUCAAUUCCCAUUUUUAGAAGAGCAAAGCGAUCGAGGAAUACAAAUUUGUGCAUGAGCAUGAGUUUAGAACGCGAUACAAUCAGGAACUGAUUUUGGAGGACCUUGAUCAAUAGUUUUCGGAAAUAUCAGGCUGGAUUCGGCAACUGCAUCGGAACGUUACGGACAUUGAGGUGAAUAUCUUCUGCGAAGGGUGGACGAAAGCAAGCCAAAGGCUACGGGAGAAUGCCAAUCUGUGCUACCGGAUCUACG